CUCUCUCUUGCGGUCUAGGACUCCUAAUUAAAGUGGUGGGGAAUAGCUCCCCAUGCUUUAGCCGGGUCACGCGGAGAAUAAUUGAUCAGUCAUAGGCUCAUAGCAUGACUCGAUCUAUCAAGUUAAGCUGUGAGGUCGUGGCAAGGUUCUUACUCCCGUUUCUCGGGGAACUUGCUCCUAGGCCAAGCUGGGACAGUCGUUGAGUUAACGUCCGCCAAUCCUCCUGGAGAUACUGUGGAUAGGCAUGCCAUCCACAAGUCUGAAGCUAUUGUCAACUUCAGAGAAACGUGAUCACGGCUGUUGUUUGUCUCAAUAUUUCGAACCUGGCUUAGGUGAUCGAUUUCGCGUAAGCGAGUGGCGACGGUCGCCCGGGGCAAGUGGCGAACCUUUUGUUGUGGAGAGGGUUCAAGUGCUGGCCACUAGCUAUGCCUCAUACCUAGCCUCUUCAACCAGUGAAAUGUCUCGCUUUCUGGAGCGUUUGGAUGACACUCCGCGACGCAUGCGUCGUACUCCACCGUUCUUCAAUGCCACAGAGUGGCAAGUUAGCGAUGUCUCUCAACACUCUGCCGACUCGCAUCGACGAAACGGAAUUACUGGAAAUUGCAUGAUUGGUCUUCGUCAGCAGCCAGCAGUGCAGGUCCCGGCCCCCACGCAGGGCCUCUGCGACGUCAAGAGUAGUCGUCGGCGAUCAAGGUCCAUGACAGACACGCCCUAUUCUAACAAUGAUCAUGCCCCGAGGCUAGGUAGACAUGACGCCCCCACCCAAUCGCACUGGAAUGCUGAAGUGCCGUCGACCCCCAACCAUCGGCGUGAAGUUCAUGCCUCUAGGAGCGCUUCGACACUCAACCGGCGCUAUCCGCCGGUGUCAGGCACAGUGAAAACCACAAGUGACCUGCUCCGUGAAAGGUCACUACGCAGGCGCACCCCGCCUCCCGGUUUCAAUGCUGCAUCUGAUGAGUUUUCCUCUCCGAAGCCUCCCAAUUCAUCCACGCACAAUCACAGGCGUCGCACUUCCAGUCUUGGCAGUAUUACAAGUGUCAUUAGUGCCAUCAGCGCUAAGUUAUCUAUUCGUAAAGGUCGUAGCAAUGGCCUUAUGUCCGCUCCUUCCACUCCGGGCUCGACGAACACCACCUCAAUCGAUCGACGUUCUAACGAUUUCUGCGCUGAUUCUGACCCGUUCGCGUGGCGUGGGACACGUCCUCUGCAAAAGCCACUUCCAAAGCUUCCUCCCAACUUGCGGGAUGGUUUAACCCUCCAUUCCCCCUGUUCGAGGGAUAUCCAUGGCUCACCAAAUCACAGCCCGUCAUGCAGUUCCCUCGAGGUCACACGCCCAACGCACACCACGAACUCCCACUCAGACCGCAUGACCAUGUUACAGCGCUCGCCAACGAGAAAACAUCCCCAUAGCAGCAGCCGAUCGCCUGGGACGUAUUUCUACUCGCCAUCCACUGAUCGAAUCCCAAGCUUCCCGGACACCCAGAACAUCGAAGAGAUAGCUGCAAUCGCGGCAGCCAGCAAGCGAAGGCUGAUGGCUGAUCUUGGGGGCAGUAAAGAGAAACCAUCCAAGCUCAGUUGGACGAAAAAAAUCUGGGGUAAUUCACGUCGAGAUUCCAACUGUACUCACCUUCAUUAACGAGCGCUACGGGAUUUGGCCUCUCGUGUCCCUUAUACGUAUCAGCAAUUACAAUGGCAUUCACUGCUAUGGACGUAGGCGAUAAUAGGAAGUGAUAAUAUUGUACAUCAUGAGGCUUCAUCAAUUGUCCCAGUCCGUUGGAAACACCUGGAAAGAUGCUCUUCAAUCAUUCUGGAAUGUGAUUGGUUUCAUCACCCUCCUCAGAUGCAUAGGGAGAUAUCAUCAAUAUUUCAUUCUCAUUAAUCUCGCGGGCUCUUUUCUUUGUCCAUAAUUUAAUCGCUUUGGUGACCUUAGUCUUUCUAGGGUCGUUAU